AAGCUGCUGAGCGCAUGCGCAUUCAUAGCAAUUUUUUGUAUUUCUUUUACAGCUAGUGCGGCUAUAAACAGGAAAUGUCAUCAUUGUGUGGCACCAACAAUGAUGACCACGUUGAAGGUCGAGGCUCGGCAAAAGAAGAGGACAAGGAGCAUCCCCGUGUACUCAUUCCCGAACUCUGUCGGCUCUUCUACCAGCUGGGAUGGGUGACGGGGACAGGAGGAGGGAUCAGCUUGAGAAGAGGAGAGCACAUCUACAUUGCGCCUUCAGGGGUUCAGAAAGAGAGAAUACAGCCAGAAGACAUGUUUGUCUGCGAUGUGGAGGAGAGAGACAUUAGCUGUCCACCUGUCUGGAAAAAACUCAAGAAGAGCCAAUGCACUCCGCUCUUUAUGAACGCAUAUACGAUGAGAAGGGCACAGGCAGUUAUCCACACCCACUCCAAAGCUGCUGUCAUGGCAACACUGCUGUACACUGGCAAGGAGUUCAGAAUAACACACCAGGAGAUGAUAAAGGGGAUCCGUAAGGGCACCACAGGCACCAACUAUCGCUAUGAUGACACCCUGGUGGUGCCUAUUAUUGAGAAUACCCCGGAAGAGAAGGACUUGAAAGGACGAAUGGUUCAGGCUAUGGACGAAUACCCUGAUUCAUGCGCCGUCCUCGUUCGGAGACAUGGUGUCUAUGUGUGGGGCGAGUCUUGGGAAAAAGCCAAAACCAUGUGUGAAUGCUACGACUACCUGUUUGACAUCGCUGUCCAGAUGAAGCAGUGUGGACUGGACCCUUCAGCGCUUCCAGUAGAAGAGAAAGGAAUAGUUUGACAUUUACUGGAACCUUUUUAAAGAGACAUUUGUUCAAAAAAGUUUUCCAUUCCAUCGCCACCAUUGAUGAGGCUACGCUACAGCGAACACGGCGAGAAAUUGGGUACCGUCUUGGUGUGCUUCGUGCAACUAGAGGUGCCCGUAUAGACGUGUAUUUAAUGAGGUUAAACAAAAAACUUUGACAACCACUGAUUACAUUCGAACAAAUCUAGUCAACUGCCUUUUGUAAUGUAUUUUUUAAAUGGUUAAAUAGACUUUAUGGACACCCUGUACUUCCAGGUUCAAUAUAAAUAUAAACCUCCCCCUUAGUUAAAUAUCCCUUAGCAAGUCUGUAGGGGCUUUGUGAAGGCCAAUCCAGAAACGUAAUUUGUCCAAAUGGAACACAUGUCCUUCUUUGUGAUCCCACCCGUUCUAUACAAUGUCUCAGUACCACUGGCAGCAACAAAGGCACCACCUUGCUUAACAGUUGCUGCAGUGUUCAGUUGAGCUUGACUAUGUCGUUUCUUUUUUUUUUUUACUCGUCCGGCACCUUCUCAGUCGGUGGGGAUGUGAUCUAUCAGCGGCUGUGGACAAUCACACUGAUCUUGCAGCAGUUUCCCACUUCACAGUAUAGUCUAGGACAGUGUUUUUCAACCACUGUGCCAGUGUGCUGUGAGAUACAGUCUGGUGUGCUGUGGGAGAUUAUGUAAUAUCACCUAAUUGGGUUAAAAAUAUUUUUUUACAAACCAGUAAUUAUAAUCCGCAAAUGUGCCGUUGUUGAGUGUCGCUGCUGUCCAGAGCUCGGCAGAGUAACCGAGUAAUACUCUUCCAUAUCAGUAGGUGGCAGCAGGUUGCUAAUUACUUUGUAGAUGUCGGGAACGAUGACGUUGGUUUGCAGGUAACAAGUUAUCUAACGCUUAAACCGAAAAUAAACAAUAGACGAGUGCCGCUAAGGAAAGGCAUUGAAGCAAAACAAAGCUAAAACUGAACUGGCUGCAAAGUCAAGAAAAACAGAAUGCUGGACGACAGCAAAAACUUACAGUGUGUGGAGCAGACGGCGUCCACAAACUACAUGCGAACAUGCCAUGACAAUCAACACCAAAAUAGGCGCGCAAGACAAGAACUAAAACACUACACACAGGAAAACACCCAAAACAAUCCAAAUAAGUCACGGGGUGAUGUGACGGGUCGUGACAGUACACCUACUUUGAGACAAGAGCUAUAGUGAUGCAUGGUUGGUUAUGGUUUGAAUUCAUAUCCAACAAUUGCGAGAACGACUUUCUACUGUCAAUAUCGGCCGCUGAGUUUCAUUUUUUUAUGUUUUGUGCCGGUGGAGUGCCUCAGGAUUUUUUCAAUGAAAAAAAUGUGCCUUGGCUCAGAAAAGGUUGAAAAACACUGGUCUAGGAGGCCAUUUUCAUUCUAUCUGGGGGCGACUGUAUGGUUCUUCUUCCAGACCAUUACACUAUACAUUUUUAAAUAA